AUGUCUAAAGCGAUAACUAGGUCUCAAUUGCAAAAAGUGGUUAGCAGUAUUACCAAAUUAUAUCCUGCUGAAUUGGCUGAUAGUGCAUGGGAUAACACAGGUUUAUUAAUUGAUUGUUCCAAUUCCGAACAAACUUCCACAGUCACAGUUCCUAAGAUUCUUUUAACUGUGGAUUUAACUCAAACUGUUACACAGGAAGCUAUUGAUAAGAAAUGUAAUAUUAUUAUUGCUUAUCAUCCAUUUAUUUUCCCAUCGUUUAAGAAUAUUGCCCCAACGAAAAAUCCACAACAUAAGAGUUUAUUGAAAUUAAUUCAAAACAAUAUAUCUGUAUACUCUCCUCAUACUGCUGUUGAUGCAGCAAAGGGAGGUGUCAAUGAUUGGCUAGUGGAUGGAUUAAUUCAAUUCAAAUCCGAUCUAAUUGCUAAAAAUGUUGCCAUUGAACGUACAAAGGCUUACCCUGGAGAAGACAACAUUGGUUAUGGUAGGCUUGUAUCAUUCAACGGUGAAGGUAUUAAAUUGAGUGAUAUGGUGAGCAAUAUUAAAGAAAAUCUUCAAAUUCCACAUAUCCAAAUAACUUCCAAUUAUGAGACAAAUAAGGACAAGAUGAUCAAGACAGUUGCAUUGUGUGCCGGCAGUGGCUCGGGUGUUUUCAAAUCCUUAUCCCAAUCCGAACAGGACUCUGUGGAUCUAUACUACACUGGUGAGCUAUCUCAUCACGAGGUCCUGAGAUUAAAAGAAUUAGGCAAGAUUGUCAUCACUUGUAACCACAGCAACACCGAGCGUGGCUACCUAGCAGCCGUCAUGCAAAAGAAACUGUCAGAAGAUGGUCUGUCUGUACAAGUAAGCGAGCAAGACCACGACCCACUGCUCGUAAUCUAA